GGCGUAACAAAAGUAAUCUGCUCAAACGCGCCCAAAGCUUCAGGACAGGACAGGACAGAAACGAACUAGGUAGAGAGAGAGAGCGACAUACGUUAGCUACUGUUGAGAGAAAGUGCAGAUUUAGAUCGAUGGACAAACGUGAAAGGGAUACGAUAUAUUUGAAGUAUUGAGCUAGUAUUGAGCUAGCAUCGGAUCGUUAUUACGUUGACACUUCUCAAAGGAAUACAACAAUGUCGUCGCCAAGUCCAGGCAAGAGGCGAAUGGAUACCGACGUGGUGAAACUCAUCGAGAGCAAGCAUGAGGUCACCAUUCUCAGUGGACUCAACGAAUUUGUGGUCAAGUUCUACGGCCCACAAGGAACACCGUAUGAAGGAGGUGUAUGGAAGGUACGAGUAGACCUACCGGACAAAUACCCCUUCAAGUCUCCAUCUAUAGGAUUCAUGAAUAAAAUCUUUCAUCCCAAUAUUGAUGAAGCGUCAGGUACAGUGUGUCUAGAUGUCAUCAACCAGACAUGGACAGCCCUGUACGACCUGACCAACAUCUUUGAGGCGUUCCUGCCCCAGCUGCUGGCCUACCCCAACCCCAUCGAUCCUCUCAACGGAGACGCUGCUGCCAUGUACCUGCACCGACCAGAGGACUACAAACACAAGAUCAAAGAGUAUCUCCAGAAGUAUGCGACAGAGGAGGCUCUAAAGGAGCAGGAGGAUGGAGGCGACUCCUCAUCUGAGAGUUCCAUGUCAGACUUCUCCGAGGAUGAGGCUCAGGACAUGGAGUUGUAGUGAAAGGGAGACAACCCCCACUCCCCUCACACACACAGACUAUCAUUUCCUAAAGAGCAGAAAGACUAUUAUAUACAUAUAAACAUGGCCAUUUUUUUUAUUACUAACCAAGGAUUUUUAUGGAUUAUAUGUAUGAGAAGCGGCGGUGUGAAAUGUUAAAAUGUCACCCUCGUCUAGAUAUUCUUUAUAACUCAGUCAUAGUCCCCCUCUACCACCACCUCCACCUUUACCUCCACAACCACAUUAUUACCCCCUCUUACCCAGAAAGGAGUGCAGCAUUCCCAGGAUCCUAAAUUCCCUCUGCUGUGGUCUGGGUCGCAUUCUCAUCGACCGUUGACCCACUAUCCGCUGGGUAGGCAGAAAGCGGAUUUUUCUGUUUUUCAGGGAUACAAUAUUUUCAACAUAACUUCCGUUUCCCCUUAAAAACGGAUGUGGGGACUCAGCUCAGGCGCCUGCUACAUUAGGUUACCUUUGACCCAACCCUGAUAGAACUGAUGGGUUGAGACCAGAGAGCAGUGCACCAUGGGAAGACAAGAGUGUCAGACUGUCAUUGUCAUGACGGAGACAGGGAUAGAAUGUUUAUACUCAGUAACCCGGCCACCCCCCACUCUAGUUUGAUUUUUAAUUCUCAGAAUUGUUCUAUAUUUGAUUAAGUGUGUGAAUCACUGUUUUGACAGGCACAGCUUUUGACCCUCCCCCUGCUCUCAGAGAAGCUCUCUGGCUCUAGUGCACGGCCCACUGUUUCUGGAGGCAUUACCACAAUAAGGAAUCGCACUUUGAGAUGUAAUUUCACUUGUUAACUUUCUACAUUUUGGGGGUUGGAAGCUACUAUCAGGACCACCACAUGAUCACUCCUUCCCAAGGAUCAGUUAGUGGGUUUCAUCCAGACCAAUCCAAUAUGGCUGCCAUUGACCUCUCUGUCAGGCCUCACCCCAGAGGCCAGUAUAUCCUAUCCAACCACCAUACCCUGUUUGUCAUAGAAACUGUUCAGUAAACAAGCCUUUUACCCUGUAGUCAGGACCACCAGCGCACCAACCAAGAGACCUUACCACACCUCUUCACACCAGAGUUGAAAGGGGUGUUGAAGGUGGACUGAACAUCAUUUAUUUUCUUUCUUUUUUCUCCUCUCUGCUCAGUGACUCCUUCAGAGGCUUGCUACUUGUUGUUUUCACAAAGGGAGGGUAGGAGUUCUCUGAUGUGUCUGUGUGAGAGCGAACCAAUCUUAUGUUUUCAGACCCAACUGACCCCAAUGGAAGCGAACCAGACUACUAGAGCCAUAGUAGUUUGUCAUCCUCGGUGACAACCCUAACACACAACACAACAUGAAACAACACACUGUUGUCACUCUGGAGGAGAGAACCACAGAGACUAACUACUGUCAUUCCAGAAGCUGUCUGUCACUAAACAAACUCACAUAAUCAUGCACCAGUCACUCCUUUAGCCCUCCUCUUCCUCCUAGUUAUCCUCUUCAUCCGCUUUCUCCUCCUCUCCGUUUUAGGAAAGUGUUUGUGAUUCUCCAAGCAUCCUUUGGUACCUUGUGACAUGAUACAGAAGUGAAGUUGUGUAGGACAUUGAGUUUAUAUGCUGUAGAAAAAGAGAAAAGACACCUCUUGUGUGAUGGAUGGGUUUCUAUCUAGAUGUCAGCAGUGUCCAGUCGUAUCCACACUGAGGGCCAGUAUAUGGCCAGGUUUCAUUCCUUCCAAGCACUGUUUGGAUUUCUGCCUUCAUAGAAGACUAUUAUUAGUUGAAUCAGGUGUGUUAGUGCUUGGUUGAAACAGAAGCCUGGAGCCAUACAACUGGCCCUCUGUAGAUAAGACUGGACAGUCCUGAUCUAGGGGUUGGGUUGGAUUGAGAAGUUGUGUCGGACAGGGCAGGGCUGGGAGGUUGGAAGGCUAGCUUGGGAUGUGUUGGAUGGAAUAGGGAGUGACAUGGGAUGGGGAAGGAACAAACCAGGUCCUUGUUGCCUGUUGCUUAUGUUAAACUAUAAUAUGUGUAGUUUAGGGCUUGUUAGUGUGCUGGGUGGUGAGUCAUAAUUAUAAUCUAUAGUUGUAUUUCUUCUAUCAACCUGUUAAGGUGAACAGAUAAAUACAUUUUGUUUUAA